AUGGCCCUGGCCUCCCUCCUGGUUGCCGGCGGCAGCGAGGAAUACCGCUCCCGUGCACAUCCCCGGAGCUCCGCGGCACCCCCGCUGGCCGGGCCGCUGCACCCCGCGCUAAAUGGGAGCUGCCAGAGUCCCGCCGGGCUGAGCGGGAGCAGCAACUACGCGACGCUGACGCCUCUGCAGCCGCCCCUGCCGCCCAUCGCCACCGUCUCGGCCAAGUUUCCCCACCAUCCCCAGUCAGAGCCGCAGGCGCAGGACCGGCUGGCGGGCAACUUUCCUCUCUUCUCCGACAAUCUCUACCCCUCGCCGUACCCCAAAGAAGCGGCCGGCCUGGGGCAGAGCCUUUCCCCGCUGGGCGGACUCCACACCACCCAGCAGGGGCUGCCGCAUUAUGCCCACGCCGGAGUCGCCAUGCCGGCCGAGAAAAUGCUCACCCCCAGCGGCUUCGAAGCCCAGCACCCGCCCCUCUUAGCCCGGCCGGGCGACCAGCAUCUCACCCAGACUGCGGCCGGCCUAGUUCCGCUUGGCGGGGUCCAUCACCGACCUCACAGCCACCUGAACGCCCGUGGGCACGGGCAGAUCCAAGCCUCCUCCGGGGAACCCAAACCCGCCGCCGCCUCGCAAGGAAGCGCCGGGAACCACUCAGGGCAGCCGGAAGAGAUCAACACCAAGGACGUGGCCGAGCGGAUCACCACCGAGUUGAAGCGCUACAGCAUCCCGCAGGCCAUCUUCGCCCAGAGAGUCCUCUGCCGCUCGCAGGGGACGCUUUCCGACCUGUUGAGGAAUCCUAAACCCUGGAGCAAGCUCAAAUCCGGGCGGGAGACCUUUCGCAGGAUGUGGAAGUGGCUGCAGGAACCCGAAUUCCAGCGGAUGUCUGCGCUCCGAUUGGCAGCUUGCAAACGGAAGGAGCAAGAUCAAGGGAAAGACGGAGGAAAUGCACUCAAAAAACCCAGACUGGUCUUUACUGAUGUCCAGCGCCGAACUCUCAAUGCAAUAUUCAAGGAAAAUAAACGUCCUUCCAAAGAAUUACAGAUCACCAUUUCCCAUCAGUUGGGGCUGGAGCUGAGCACAGUUAGCAAUUUCUUCAUGAACGCACGAAGGAGAAGCCUGGACAAAUGGCAAGAUGAGGGCCGUGCCGACUCAGGCGGUUCAUCCUUUUCUUCUAGCACUUGUACCAAAGCUUAA